AUGCCCACCACGCAAUCACCAGAAUCGGGUCCUCCUCAAGGUCAGGAUUACUCAACAUGGAGUACCUCCAGCCUUGUCGAACGUAUCAUGGAACUAGAGCGUCAGUUGAAUGCUCAGACAAACGAAUUCGGCACUGUCCCGCAAGCAAAACCCGAAACUGCUGAAGCUACAGUUACGGCGACAUCCAAGCUUCAAGUUCAAGCUGCUAUCCCCCCCGCAGCUCCGAGCCCAGAGGGCAUCAACACGCCAAAGAAACAACCCCGGGAAAUGGACCACACCAAAUAUCAUACCCGCCAUAUUGCGCUCAAGUUCGCCUAUCUCGGCCAACGCUACAAUGGAUUUGAGCAUGCGAAUGGAAACGCAACUCCAUUGCCCACUAUUGAGGAGGAAAUAUGGAAGGCGCUACGCAAAACGCGCUUGAUCUUUCCAACGACGACGUCCCCGAUGGAGUUGAGUCUUGAUAGACAUGAUAGAACGCAACCGUUUGAUUUGAGUUGGGACGGUUGUCAAUACUCUAAAUGUGGUCGGACGGAUAGAGGCGUUAGCGCUUUUGGACAAGUUAUUGGUAUCAGGGUUCGAAGUGCUCGGCCCAAGCGGAAAGUUGAGACUGCUACUAGUACGAAUGUUACGACGACUACUACUGGGGAAGAGACUACUUUGCAGCCGGUCGAUGUGGAGACAUCAGUCAUCGAUUCUACGAAGGACAAUGUCGAACCAAAUCUAGAUGUUGAGGUUCAACCACUGGACGAAAUCGAAGAAGAUGAUGGUUGGGAUGACAUACGGGACGAACUACCCUAUAUACAAGUAUUAAACGGUGUCUUGCCGCAAGAUAUCCGCAUUCUAGCAUGGUGUCCCAAUCCAGGCCCAGACUUUGAUGCCCGCUUCUCGUGCCGCGAGCGACAGUAUAGAUAUUUCUUCACACAGCCAGCGUUCAACCCCAUAGCAGGAGAACUCGGAUUCCUUCGCAGUGCUGCACAUCAUCGCGGUAUAGCUAAGAAAGAGCUUAGGGACGGCUGGCUGGAUAUUGAAGCUAUGCGCGAAGCCUGCAAGCACUAUGUCGGAAGGCAUGAUUUUCGAAAUUUCUGUCGUGUCGAUACGAGCAAACAGAUCGAGAAUUUUGAGCGCAUAAUUUACCGGGCAAGCAUAGAUUUGGUUGACCCUAGAACGAAUCCCCUCGGUUACGUUGGGUCAAAGGAUUUUCAACCUACGAGGAAUCCUGUUGACAUGCCAAACGGAAGCAAUGUAAACGAAGAACAACCUUCGACACCAUUGGUGUAUACAUUCACCCUCCACGGAUCAGCAUUCUUGUGGCAUCAAGUGCGUCAUAUGGUUGCGGUUCUUUUCUUGGUUGGUCAAGGUGUUGAAAGUCCGUCCAUCGUUCCCGAAUUGUUGGAUAUUUCCAAAAAUCCGUGUAAACCCACGUACGAGAUGGCAUCUGAUGCGCCGCUUGUUCUAUGGGAUUGCAUAUUUCCAGACGAGGAGAGCGGUAGUAGAGAAGAUUCAUUGAAUUGGAUUUAUUGCGGCGACCCUCGUCAAGGGAACCCGUCAUCGGGCAAAGGUGACGGCAAAUUCGGCUUCGGUGGCCUCAUGGACACGCUUUGGCAAACUUGGAGACAUCGUAAGAUGGACGAGAUUCUUGCAGGAUCAUUGCUUGAUUUAGCAGCCGGUCAAGGCAGUCCUAGUUUCAUCCAGAAUGAACCGCCAGCGAAGCCUUUCAAGAGCCAAAAAAUCUUCUUUGGAGGGGAUGAAGGAAAAUUGGGCGGAGCGUAUGUCCCUGUUAUGCAGAAGCGCAAGACGGCAACGGUAGAGGUGCAGAAUGCCAGGUAUCUUGCCAGUCGUGAGCGAAGAGCAGAGAGGUUAAAGCUUGAAGCAGAGAAGGCAUCCGACCUAUAA